AUGGUGGAAUUGGGCUUUCACACUAGACUCGAUUAUGGCUCUCGGCCCGCAUGGACAAGUGGCUUGGAGCGCGGCACGGCGCAUGCUGGCUUGAAGAAUUUAGGGAACAGCUGCUGGCUCAAUGCCGUGUUGCAAUGUUUUAGGUGGACUCGCUCGCUGCACAAUGCUUUCACUGCUCGGUUGAUGGAUUGCGAAGAAUCGAUUCUGGGAUCGUUGGUGCAAGAUGUUUUGCAGAAGCUUGCAAGCGACGACUGGGACUACGUUGCACCAUUUGCUUUGCUCAAUCAACUGUAUGCAACCUACCAAGGAAGAUUUCGACCUGGUGAGAGCGCAGAUGCAGCAGAAGCCUGUCGCUUGCUGUUAGACCGGUGUGUCUACGGCAGUGAUAUUGUACAUUUACUGCCUACAUCCAUUGCACUCGCUCGGCGCGGCGUCACUCUCACGGAGUUGACGCGUGAGCAUUUUACAACAUGCCGGCCGAGCAGUGAUGUUGUCAUUUUGGAAGUGCCGCCCGUCGAUGGCGGCCGGAUGAAUUGGUCGCAGUUGUUGGUGACACCGCCCGCUGGUGAGGGCAACAACUACCUCUACACCGUUUCCGGCUUUGUGGCGCAUGAAACUGUAGCGCCUGGGCCUGAUGCUCCUGGGGUGCGUGCGGCGGGAGCGCCGCCUGGGACUGCUGCUGCCAUGGCUGUUGGCUCGCACCUUGGGCGCUUUGCGGCGGCGCUGCAGCGCAAGCGUCGAGAAGCCAGUCGCGCUCGUGCAGGUCAGCUCGGGUGGGAGCGUUCUAUUGCUAAUUGCAUCCAAUCGACUCAGACCGCAAAUUUGCCAACGAUGGGUUUCAUUGAUCUGAUCAUCAGAUAA